CCCUGGUCACGUGGCAGGGGGAAUGUCCCGGCCUAAGUGACAGCGACGGUGUCAGGACGGCGGCCGUCUGUUCGGCACACUCCUGCUCGAGAUGCUGCGGAACGGAGCUGCCGGAGGCGCCUCCUCUUUCAGCGCCGCCGCUCGGCCUGUGCGCGUCUGGUGCGACGGAUGCUAUGAUAUGGUACACUAUGGACAUUCCAAUCAAUUGCGACAAGCUCGUGCAAUGGGAGAUUAUCUGAUUGUGGGUGUCCACACAGAUGAUGAAAUAUCCAAACAUAAAGGCCCCCCUGUCUUUACUCAAGAAGAAAGAUACAAAAUGGUGAAGGCCAUCAAGUGGGUAGAUGAGAUUGUUCAGGGAGCUCCUUAUGUCACAACACUGGAAACUCUGGAUAAAUACAACUGUGACUUCUGUGUACACGGGGAUGACAUCACACUAACUGCAGAUGGCAAGGAUACUUAUGAGGAAGUGAAGAAAGCUGGGAGAUAUAGGGAAUGUAAACGGACCCAGGGAGUGUCCACUACAGAUCUGGUUGGCCGGAUGUUGCUUAUGACCAAGGCCCAUCACAGCAACAUUGCUGAAGAGACAGAUUAUCGGAAGCAUGCAGAUAACCUAGGAAAGUGCCCUAAAGGUCACAGUCCCUGGACUGGAGUUUCUCAGUUUCUGCAAACAUCCCAAAAGAUCAUCCAAUUUGCAUCUGGCAAGGAGCCUCAACCUGGAGAUACCAUAAUCUAUGUGGCAGGCGCCUUUGAUCUUUUUCAUGUGGGUCAUGUGGAUUUUCUGGAGAGAGUGCACCAAAUAGCAAAGCAUCCUUAUAUCAUUGCUGGGCUGCACUUUGACCAAGAAGUGAAUCACUAUAAGGGCAAGAACUAUCCCAUAAUGAAUGUGCAUGAACGAACUCUCAGUGUUUUGGCCUGCAGAUAUGUUUCUGAAGUAGUGAUUGGAGCUCCCUAUUCAGUCACCGCCGAUCUGCUCGAUCAUUUCAAGGUGGAUCUUGUGUGCCAUGGAAUGACUGAGGUGGUGCCUGACAAGGAUGGAUCAAAUCCAUAUGAGGAACCUAGGAGACGUGGUAUUUUCCAGCUGGUAGACAGUGGCAACAAUCUCACCACUGAUCUGAUAGUGAAAAGAAUAAUUAAGAACAGGCUGGAAUUUGAAGCUCGGAAUCAGAAGAAAGAAGCCAAGGAGCUGGCUGUAUUGGAGGUCAUGAAAAGAAAGGAGGAAGCAGCCCAACAGGAGAUAGGUUUAAGAAACCAAGAAAGUUAGCAUGGGGAAGAGUACUGCAGAAUCCUCUUCUUCUGGACCAGCAAACUUUCCUGGAGAAUAGGACACUGCUGAAUUAGGCCUGCGAUCACAGUUUUCCUGGCUUAAGUAAAUCAGUUGUUCAUAGGAAAGGGUCAGGUGGAUGCUGCUGUCUAGUUAAUCGAGAAGCAGUGUCUUUCCACUAACCAGUUUAAAUUCUGAUGAAAAUUAGCAAACUUCUAUGAGUUUUAUCUACUGGCACUUUUUGCUUAUUGGAACUAGGAAAUUCUCUCAAAUUAUCUUCUAGAAUUUAAACAUCUCACAAUAUCUCUUUAAUUUAUGCCCGCCAGAGAUAAUUUUCAAAUAUAUCAAACCACCCUGUCUGGAUUCAGAGUGCUUUGUAAAGAGCAGUGGUUGCUAAAUGCCAUCAGAAGUUGUUCCUUUUCCAGGAAACAAGAUGCAGCCAAACUUGCCACUAUAUUUCCCAGCUAAGUAUACCUGGAAAGAAAGAACUGUAAUUGUAUACACUGCCUUACAUGUGGUGCAUUUGAAGCUCCAUAUUGACCACAAAUUACAUCCUGGAAAAAUAUAUUGUCCCUUGUAUAUAAAUGCUUUGUACUGUACUGCUAACUUUGGGUGCUUUGGUGAUGAAGCUUACUGCCUAAAGUUUCUUUCUCACACAUGAUGGGGACAAUAGGAGGGCCACGUAUGAGGAUGGGCUUCAUUCUCACCCAAACAGGCUCUUUUCAAUCUUGAUCUUGUAUAUUUUCAGCCAGGGAUAUUAAUAAAAUCUUAAUAACUAGCAUUUACAGUUGAAGUCUGAAAUUAAGGCUAAAAGGACUGAAAGAAAAACAGUUGAAAUGUAAUGAACCAAAGGUUUA